CACUCAAAAGUAGUAACAACUAAGAAUGGAAGAUAUCAUCAUCGGCGUGGUGGCUCUAGCCGCGGUUUUUCUCUUCUUCCUUUACCAAAAACCGAAAACCAAACGGUACAAGCUGCCUCCGGGACCAUCACCACUUCCGGUGAUCGGGAACCUCCUUCAGCUUCAGAAGCUUAACCCACAACGCUUCUUCGCUGGAUGGGCCAAAAAGUACGGACCAAUCUUGUCAUACAGGAUAGGAAGCAGAACAAUGGUGGUGAUAUCUUCAGCUGAGCUAGCUAAAGAGCUUCUCAAGACGCAAGAUGUCAACUUUGCCGAUCGUCCUCCGCACCGUGGCCAUGAGUUCAUAUCCUACGGCAGGCGUGACAUGGCAUUGAACCACUACACACCCUAUUACCGAGAGAUCAGGAAGAUGGGGAUGAACCACUUGUUCUCACCAACACGUGUGGCAACCUUUAAGCAUGUACGAGAGGAAGAGGCUAGGAGGAUGAUGGAUAAGAUCAACAAGGCCGCGGAUAAAUCCGAAGUUGUCGAUAUAAGCGAGCUUAUGUUGACUUUUACGAACUCUGUUGUGUGUAGACAAGCGUUCGGGAAGAAGUACAAUGAAGAUGGGGAAGAGAUGAAGAGGUUCAUCAAGAUUCUUUAUGGGACUCAAAGCGUUUUGGGGAAGAUCUUUUUCUCUGAUUUUUUCCCAUAUUGUGGCUUUCUUGAUGAUUUGUCAGGACUCACAGCUUAUAUGAAAGAGUGUUUCGAAAGACAAGACACUUAUGUUCAAGAGGUUGUCAAUGAGACGCUUGAUCCCAAGAGAGUCAAGCCCGAAACCGAGAGCAUGAUUGAUCUCUUGAUGGGGAUCUACAAAGAACAACCUUUCGCUUCUGAGUUCACUGUAGAUAAUGUCAAAGCCGUGAUCUUGGAUAUUGUAGUGGCGGGAACAGAUACAGCAGCUGCGGCGGUUGUGUGGGGGAUGACGUAUCUAAUGAAGUACCCUAAAGUGUUGAAGAAAGCCCAAGCAGAAGUGCGAGAGUAUAUGAAAGAGAAAGGUUCAACGUUCGUUACUGAAGACGAUGUCAAGAACCUUCCUUACUUCAGAGCCUUAGUUAAAGAAACCCUAAGGAUCGAACCGGUGAUUCCUCUCCUUAUCCCUCGUGCUUGCAUUCAAGACACCAAGAUCGCCGGUUACGACAUCCCCGCAGGGACAACGGUCAACGUCAACGCGUGGGCCGUGUCCCGUGACGAGAAAGAAUGGGGACCGAACCCUGACGAGUUCAGGCCUGAGAGGUUUCUUGAGAAGGAAGUUGACUUCAAAGGCACGGACUACGAGUUUAUACCGUUCGGGUCAGGCCGGAGAAUGUGCCCUGGAAUGCGUCUUGGUGCGGCGAUGCUCGAGGUUCCUUAUGUGAACCUUCUUCUCAACUUCAACUUUAAACUUCCUAAUGGAAUGAUACCAGAUGAUAUCAACAUGGAUGUCAUGACUGGUCUCGCUAUGCACAAGUCGCAGCAUCUGAAGCUUGUUCCCGAGAAAGUGAACAAGUAAUAGAUUAUAUAUAGUCAAAUAAAUCUACCAUCUCUGAUUCUGUUCCUACAAUGUAUUUUGCUUCAAUGUUUGGUUUCUUUAUUAAGUGGCAGUCGUAUCUCUAUCUUUGUAUCUUUUUCUUCACAUUUUCAUAUGAAGGAAGCAAAUUCACAUGGAUGUCUUUUGUGAUCCUUAUAUAUAAUUAUAUAUCACUGAAUGGCUACAAAAAUAGAACUAAAUACGUAUG